AAAAAUGGUAUCUAUAAUUGUUGUCGAAAUAUGGUCUGUAGACAACGAGGCAACAGCAACGUUAACACCUGCCAGAGGAGACCGUGCUUAAAAAACGGGGACAACUGUGGCGGAAAUACCAACUUAAAAUGUUGUGGCCAUAUGGUCUGUAGCAAACGGCAGGUCGGCAGAGGUCGCUCGUGUCAACCGAGAACUCCAGGCAACAAUGGAUGCUUACACAAAAGGGAAGACUGUGGUGGAAAUAUCAAAUUAAAAUGUUGUGGAUAUAUGGUCUGCAGACAAAAGGAGUUCAUUAGAGGUCGCUCGUGUCAAAUAAGAACUGAAGACGAUGGCUGCUUACCUCCUGGACACAUAUGUGAGAUACACGGCAAAUACCAUUGUUGUCGAAAUAUGCUCUGUAAACAUAGGGGUAACAGCAGACAUAGAACGUGCCAACCGAGAACGUGCUUGCGCCGGGGGAACCGAUGCCACUCAAAGACCGUCUUUCGUUGUUGUGGGCAUUUGGUCUGCAAGCAGCGGCCACACGGCCACGGAAGGACGCGUCAAAUGGAAAUGGCCAGUGUUUACCGAGGGGAGAUCGAUGUCAGAACAACAAUAAGUGUUGCAGCCAGCGAUGCAGACCAAGAGGAGGGAAUUCCAACAGAAAGGAAUGUCACUAAGUACUGACAUGAGAUCACCUCCCCUACAGCUAACUUUUCAGUUCAGUCGAACGAAAAUGUUAUGCUGUGUUUGUAAUUACUGAUUUUAAUAAAGUACACUUCGA